UGCCGAGUAAAGCCACGACUGGGGCAAGGUUUCCCGUGACACUUUUAACCUGUGUAAGGAAAAAAAAAAUCAUGGCUUUGCAUCCUCAGCUCCCCACCGCUCUGUAGUCCUCCACUCCUCACCCAUUUUGGCAUCUUUUGUCUCUCUUUCUCUCUCUCCCACUCCCCUGAUCAGUUUUCUCGCUAUAAUAAUAAUCACGGGCGCAACUUCCCAUUGCACUUCAGCCUUCUCCCUCCUCUUUCUCUCUGUGUAGAGCUCGUCACUAUUCCUAGCAGACUUUAUACUACUAACACGCGUUGGGUAAUCGGUGUUCGAGAAAAUGCCAGGUUCAGUUUCAUUUUUGAGGCAGUUAAGUGGAAGGGAGGCUUGGAAAUCAACGUCCAGCAGGUGGGGUGGGGUUAGAAAGUUUAGUGGUGGUGGUGUUGGGAGUGGAAAUAGCGGGUGUGAGGGAAGUUUGAAGCAAAUGGAAGGGCUCAACAUGUAUGGAGUUGAGAAUGGUGGGAUGGUUGUGAGGAAAAGAGUGAUGGUGGUGGUGGAUCAGACCUCACAUUCGAAGAAUGCAAUGAUGUGGGCACUCAACUAUGUAGCCAACAAGGGUGAUUUGUUCACUCUUCUUCACAUCAUUCCUCCUUCAAGUAGGGGUUCCGAAAGGGCUUCCGAGUCUUCUUAUUCUCCUUACCUGGCCAACUCUCUUGGCUCUCUUUGCAAGGCUUGUAGACCUGAGGUGGAAGUAGAGGCGCUGGUUAUUCAAGGGCCAAAACUGGCAACAGUGAUGAGCCAAGUGAAGAAACUGGAAGUGUCUGUGCUGGUGCUGGGCCAGAAGAAGCCAUCUUCAAUUAUCAGCUGUUUUUGUGGGACCAGCAGCACAGAAGAGUUUGUGGAGCAGUGCAUUAACAAUGGGGAGUGCUUGACUAUAGGAGUGAGGAAGCAGAGCAGAGGCAUGGGCGGCUACCUAAUCAGCACCAGAUGGCAGAAGAAUUUCUGGCUCUUGGCUUGAUCUUCAGAGACUCCUUAAUCAGUUAUCAAUGUCAAAAAAGAAAUAUACACGGGAAGGCAGCAUCUAAUGUUAUUAGCUUCUAAGCUCAAGGCCAUGUAACUACUAACUAGAUCUCUCUUUGUAAUAAUUAAUUGAAACUGACCCCUUCCCCUUUUUCUUUC